CAACGAGGCUGUUUGCGCGUUUUACGCGACGCGGUAAAACUAUAACGCGUCUGUUAUCAACAAAGCUGUCAAACUUCAAACCCGGCUGUUUUGUCACUGCAACUACACGAGAGUCCAAAACAACGCGCUUACAGUGUGGAAGGCAAUGUUCGCGUCUAGUUCUGUCGCGUCGCUCGCAGUGUUUGAAACAGCUGCUCUAGUGUGUUUAUGAAGAGCAAAGUUAUGGAGCGGUUUAAAGCGACGCGUCUCGUAGUGUGUUUGCUGCUCUUUCUGACGCUCUGCGUGGAUUUGGGAUACGAAUUCAGAAAGAAUAAGGACACCGAGUUCACUUUCCUUCUUCCUGCCGGAGCAACCGAGUGCUUCUUCCAAACAGCCACUAAGACCGGCAGCUUAGAAGUGGAGUACCAGGUGAUUGCAGGCUCAGGGCUAGACGUGGGAUUCACUCUGAUCUCCCCCAGUGGAUACAGACUGGUCUCAGACUUCAGAAAAUCGGACGGCAUCCACACGGUGGACCCCGCUGAGGAGGGCGACUACAGGAUUUGCUUUGAUAACAGCUUCAACCGUCGUUCAGAGAAGAUGGUGUACGUGGAGGUGAUCGUGGAUGGACCUGAAGAGGAGGCGGAUGAUGAGGAAGACUGGGCUGCUCUGGCUGAACCAGAGGACUCGCUGGAGUACAAACUGGAGGAUAUCAGGGACACAAUGGAUGCCGUGCACAAGAACCUGGAGCGAAGCCGUCAGAUGCAGGCGACGCUGCGGGCGUUCGAGGCUCGCGACCGCUACCUACUAGAGGAUAACCUGUGGCGGGUUUCCUUCUGGUCUAGCGUCAGUUUGUUGGUCAUGGUCAGCGUGGCCCUCACACAGGUCUACACGGUACGCAGAUUAUUCAGUGACUCACGCAGAGUCUGCACAUAGCAGAGAUGAACUGAGGGAAGAUGCUGUAACACUCUAUGCGCUAUUAACGUAAAAUACAAACUAAAGGAUUCUUGAAAUGGAGACGCGAGAAAGAAAAAACAUGUAGUUUUUAGAGAUAUCAAUGAAUCUGAUAUCUCUGAGCUUGACUCUGUUUUAAUUGUAAGAGUUUUCUUUUGUGUGCUAAAUAACACUGGUAAACACUAUUUACUUGAAGUACUGCAGCAACAUUUGAAUGUGAAUGUAAUUUUGCACUUGACUGCGGUUCAAAUAAUUUAUGAGACUUGAAGUGAAUAACACUGCAGCAAAUUGUGAGUAACAUGUUUCUUAUGGGUUUAUACAGGGGUUAAAUAAAGAUCCAAGGGAA